GAGCCGCCUCUUUUCGUAUGCGUCAAAGCGCGCAGCCGCUGCAGGGAGGAAGUCGCCGAACGCUUCUGUGGCGGCAAAGUCUCCGCCCCUCGGAGCGGUCUCCGGGUAGCGACGGGGUACACAAGGGAUUUGAACGUGGAGACGCCUUUUUCUGCUAUUGCAUUGGCAAUGAAGGUUGUCAGAAAUGACUCUUCCGUCGCACGUUAAGAAAAAAAAUAACCUCCCUUCAUUCUCGGGUGGUUAAAGGUCACAGAGAGAAGACAAGCAGUGCCUGAGGGGUAGGAGUUGAGUGAGACUGGCACACUAUGGCAGCUACCAGUGCCCGGUCACCACGCAGCUUGCCUCCAGUUCCAUCUACCUCAGGUGCAAGCUUUGCAGAGUUUUCUGUGAGAGAACGAAUGAGAGAAAAACUGAAGGCCGCACGGUCUAAAGCAGAAAGCGCUCUACUGCAAGAGGGCCCUCGUCUGCAAUCUCUGCAAAGUCUUGGAGAGAGAAAAGAACAAAUCAGAUUGGAUAAUGAGGUAGGUGAAUUGAACGUAACAGAAGAGAAUAAAUGCAAGGUAUCAGCAAGAGUAAAGUUCUAUGAUUCUAUCAGAAGAGUCAAGCAAAACUCACAGGUUCAGACUGGCUAUCCUUCUUCUGAAGAAGCGUAUAAUUUCUUCACUUUCAAUUUUGAUUCUGAACCAGAGAAUGCAGUGGAUGAAACUCAAAACAAUGAAAAGAGUGUGUUGAGUCUAGAUGACAAGGUGGGGAAAGAUGGAGAAUCUGCACCAAGCCGUCGGAAAGAACAAGGAGAGAGUGAAAUGGGUGAAGAGGAGCAUCUUGUUCAUGAAAAAGAGGAUGAUGAUGAUACAUUCCUUAUAGAACAGACAGCCCUGGACUUCCUAAUGAUUAGACCUGCAGAAUAUGAAAGCUACUCUGCACGGGUGCAGAAGGAGAGAGAAACAUUGUUUGUUCCAAGUAUGCUAAGAGUGCCUGCCUCUCUGAAGGUACGUGAAAAUAUGCAGCCAAGGUACCUUGAGGAUGAAGGUCUGUAUACAGGAGUGCGUCCUGUUGUGUCGCUGUCGAACCAGAGCAUUGUAGAGAAUAGGAUUCUUAAGCAGGAACAGGGGAAAAAGUGGUUUGGAGAUGAUGGCCAGAUUUUGGCUUUGCCUAAUCCAGUUAAGCAGUCUGUGACUAGACCUCCAAUAUUCCCAGUGGAGGAAGGCAAAGAACCAGAACUAGUGACAUUUUAUACAAAGGCUAUAAAAAUGAGGCUUGCUAAUCAGUACAUUGCUGGAUCUGGGGAUCCUCAGGGGCAGUUUCAGCUGGAUAUUGAUAUUUCUGGAUUAAUAUUCACUCAUCAUCCCUGCUUUAGCCGUGAGCACGUCUUAGCAGCUAAGCUGGCUCAGUUGUAUGGUCAGUAUUUAUCAAGGAAACAGAGAAAUCUUACCAAACUUCUUACGGAUAAGCUGUGUGCUCUGAGAAAUGCUUUGGAGAAUAUAUUGGAUACUGGCGAAAGUGGAGGUCUUAAUCCAGUAGUGAAACAAAGCAGAAUGGAAUAUAAGCUUGAAAUAAGGCAAACAAGACGACUUCGUGAUGUUGAGCAAGAAAGAGAUCGAACAUUGCUUAAGGCCAUUAUCAAAGUUUGGAAAGAAAUCAAAUCUCUCCGUGACUUCCAGAAGUUCACUAACACACCCAUGAAGCUCUACCUGAGAAAGGAAGAUGUUGAUCAAAAGUCUGAUGUGAAGGCAUAUGAGGCAGAAAUUCAGGCUGAAAUAGCUGAGCUAUUAGAAGAAAGCAUGGAAGAAUAUGAAAAGAAAAUGCAAGAAUAUAAAACUGAACUUCAAGAAUGGAAAUCUUGGAAGAAGGCACAGAAAAUCAGGAAGAAAAAGAAGAAAAAACCAAGUCAAACCCCAGAUGAUGAAGUAGCAGAAGGAUCUGAGCCUGUAGGAGAGGAACCUGUUAAACCCAUACCUCCUCCACCAGUAAUUGACAGGCUGCAGGUGGAGCAGGAGGUUCAGGAAAGAGCUGCCAACAUUCGAAGGAAACCAGGGGAACCAAUUUUAAUUCCUGAGUUGAGCCUGACGGGAAAUGUGACUCCAAAUGAGCUUUGUCCUAGGGCUGAAGUUUUAAGACGUGAAGAUGUAAAGAAACGGUCCCUGUUCUUAAAAAUUCUUUUCAAUUCCAAAGAGGUGUCAAGAACAGUGUCACGGCAAAUAAACUCAGACUUUAGAGUUCAUUUUGGACAGAUUUUCAACUUGCAAAUAUUCAAUUGGCCAGAGAGUUUGAAGCUGCAGCUCUAUGAAACAGUUGGAUUGGGCAGUGCUAACUUGUUAGUGGAAGUGUUUAUACCAGUCCCUGAGACGACAGUUCUGACUGGGAGAGCUCCCGUAGAAGAAACAGAAUUCAGCAGUGACCAGUGUGUACAGUUGGACCAUGAAGGCGUGGGAAGUGGUGUACCAUUUUCAUUUGAAGCUGAUGGUAGUAAUAAAAUUAUUUUAAUGACAUCUGGCAAGGUGUCUUGCAGUGUUUCCUGGGCAGUUGGAGAAAAUGGGAUACCCUUAAUUCCACCAGUAUCACAGAAGAAUGCUGGCAUCUCAAGUGCAUUAAAAAAUAUUGAUGCCAUUGCAUCAAUUGGCACAUCAGGUUUAACUGACAUGAAGAAACUAGCCAAAUGGGUGGUAGAGACAAAGCUCGAUCCAAAUGACCCAAGCAAUGCAGCCCUGAUGCAACUGAUAAUGGCUGCUACUAGUGGUGAUGCUUCUAUCCCCGAUUUCUUCAGGCUGGAGCAAUUGCAACAAGAAUUUAAUUUUGUUUCUGAUGAGGAAUUUGACAGAUCCAAAAGAUUCCGCCUUCUCCAGCUCAGAAAUAGUGAAGUGGCCGAGUUUCGAAGUUGUAAAUUUGUCCCAUUACUGGAAAGAGAAAUCAGUGAAAGACUCUUUCAGGAUUAUGAGAAGAGGUUGCGUGAGAGGGAUGCAGUUGAUACCAAAGACCAUCUGGAUGCCCACAGAGCAUUAGUUGCAAAGUACCUCCAAAAGGUUAGAGAAUCGGUAAUUAACCGAUUCCUGAUUGCAAAGCAUCAUUUUCUCCUUUCUGAUCUGGUCAAUGAAGAUGAAAUCCCUACUCUUGGCAUUUUGGGACUCAGCCUAUUUAAACUGGCGGAGGCAAAAAGACCCCUAAAACCAAGACGAAAGGAGAGGAAAAAAGUAACUGUGCAAAAUCUGUCAGACGGUGACAUAAAACUCUUGGUGAACAUCAUUAGAGCUUAUGAGAUUCCCAUUAGAAAACCUGCUGGGAGCAAGCUUCAGCACCCAUCUAAAUCAUCAUGGUCCUUCAAUGAAAUGUUUGCUGCUUCUGUGACCCCACAGAGCCCAACCCACAGCAUAGACUGGGCAUUUAACAAGGUCUUAGUUCGGCCUUUUGUAGAAGUUUCUUUUCAGCGAACAGUUUGCCGGACAACCACUGCUGAAGGGCCAAACCCAAACUGGAAUGAAGAGCUUGAACUUCCAUUUAGAGCUCCUAAUGGUGACUACAGCUCCACCAGCCUGCAGUCAAUGAAGGAUGAUAUCUUCAUUAACAUUUUUGACGAAGUACUAUAUGAUGUCCUAGAGGAUGAUCGUGAAAGAGAAAGUGGCGGAGUUCACACUCGUGUUGAGAAACACUGGCUUGGAUCUGUUCGGAUUCCAUUUACAACAGUAUAUUUUCAAACAAGAAUUGAUGGUACAUUUAAGGUAGAUAUUCCUCCAGUUCUUCUUGGGUACAGUAAGGGAAAAAAUCUGGGAAUUGAAAGAGGCUUUGAUUCCAUUCGAAACCUGAGUGAAGGAUCAUAUCUAUCACUGUUUAUUACUAUUGAACCUCAGCUUAUUCCUGGAGAAUCCAUUCGGGAAAAGUUUGACACCCAAGAAGAUGAAAAACUUCUCCAAGCAGCUGAGAGAUAUCAAGCUGAAUGUGCACUGAAGUUUCCAAGCCGCCAAUGCCUGACGACGGUAAUUGACAUCAAUGGAAAAACUGUCUUCAUUACUAGAUACAUCAAACCUCUAAACCCACCAGAGGAGCUCCUGCAGGUUCAUGUGGACAAUCCCAAAGAAACUUCUGAGCUGGUGGCCCACUAUGUUGCCUUGAUUCCUUUCUUACCUGACAGUGUAUCAUUUGCUGGAAUCUGUGACUUAUGGAGUACAUCAGAUCAAUUCCUUGAUCUUUUGGCUGGAGAUGAAGAAGAACAUGCUGUGCUCUUAUGCAAUUAUUUUCUUGCUCUUGGCAAAAAGGCCUGGCUUCUCAUUGGAAAUGCUAUUCCUGAGGGACCAACAGCAUAUGUGCUAACUUGGGAACAAAAUCAGUAUGUGAUCUGGAAUCCUAGUUGUGGCUGUUGUUAUGGACAGUAUGACGUUUUCUGCCCCUUGCAAAGUGUAGGCUGCUUAAUUUCCUGUGACAAUGUUUGGUUCAAUAUUCAACAAUAUGAUUCCCCACUCAGAAUAAAUUUUGAUGUCAGUAAAUCCAAAUUCUGGAAACCGUUUUUUUCAAGAAGUUUACCAUUUCCUGGUCUUUCCAGUGUGCAGCCUGAUGAACUGUUCUAUCAACGUGCAGACAAGACGGCUGCAGUUGAACUACAGAACAGACUUGAGAAGAUAUUGAAAGAGAAGAUCAUGGAAUGGAGGCCAAGACACUUGACACGUUGGAACAGAUACUGUACCACUACCCUUCGGCACUUCUUGCCUCUUCUGGAAAAGAAUCUGGGCAAAGAUGUAGAGGAUGACCAUCAGACAGAAUUGCAGAAGCAACUGGGAGAUUACAGGGUGUCAGGAUUUCCUAUCCACAUGGCAUUUUCAGAAGUUGCACCUUUAGUAGAGGCUGUAUACAGUACUGGAGUUCACAGCAUUGAUGUUCCAAAUAUAGAGUUUGCAUUAGCUGUGUAUGUUCAUGCAUAUGCUAAAAACAUUCUUUCGGUAUGGAUUUAUGUUGCUUCACUAGUUCGUAAUAGGUAAGAGUUCAAAUAAGAGAAAUAUUCAUGCUUUGAGAUCUUUAUCCUACACACUUGCAUGGAUAGUCACUUCAACUUGUUCUUUUAGUAUUUGAAUUCAUUGGCAUCACUUUAAGAUUUUGUAUUAACC